AUGGUGUUUCUGCUGUGGUUGGGGCUGGUUGGGCCGGUGGAUGCGCUUCCGCCGCAUCCACCGUGCCCAGCUGGGCCUCUGGGAGUGUCACAUGCGUGUAUGGUCAGAAACGGGUGGCAGGUUGAUGCUCUACUUCUUCAGAGAGAGCUGUUGCUCUUGGACGAGGCUGUUCGAUCCAGCGCAGAGGAUGUUUUCGGAAGGGAGCCUUGCGCGCCUCAACUAACGGUGGUCGAACACGUAUACUGGCUGCCAAAAGUCCUUGCUGUUCCAAUAUUGCUGGUUCUCGUUCUCCGUGGGCUUUGCCGUGCCAGGCAGCGCCACGCAGCUCCGCAGCUUGCACAGGCUGGGGCACGAGGAUCGCUUGGGCGAGGACACCUCGCUCAGCCGAGUUUUCAGGUGAGUCCGGAUUUGGACUUGGAGGUGGGUCUGCUUCAGCUUUCCGAAGCGGAUAAACUGCGGAGGAACGUGUGGGCUUUGAAUCACCAGCAGCAACAACUCCAGGAGCGAAGACGGGACGACCUGAGGGCCUGCCAGAAGCUUGGCAAACGUUUUCAGUGUGCAAACCAAAGCCUGCAGCACGUCAAGCAGGCUGACACGCUCAUCCUCCAAGAUUCUGCUCCCAUGCCAGUGGAAGCAGCUUGCAGGCAGGCGAUGCUGCGGCGGUUCUCCUCCUCGACGCAGCCAUCUAGCCCAGGAUUUCUAUGCGCUGUCAAAGCCGUCGGCGGGUUGACCUUCGAAGUCCUGCUCGGGCACAGUUCAAAUGGAAAGAACAACAAUGUUCUUUACAUUGAUUUGUGCGGGACAGUUCCCAAGAUAGGAGCUGGACGGCGUCUCCACGAGCAUGUGCUGAGCAUUGCCAAACAGCAGGGCUGCGGCAUUUCCAUGCUCCGCUCGCUUGACAGUGCGCGGACAUUUUGGUCCGAGCUUGGGUACAGAGAGUGGAGCGAGGGGGGAACUCAAGGCCAGCGCGUGGCCGAGGAGAUUGGCGCCCGUCCUUGGCUUCAAGAUGCGGAUGAGCUGACUCGUAUGUUUUGCAUUUUGUGA